GUGCACAUAAACCUCGUUUUCGAGUUAAAAGUUGCUAAGCGGCAUAUAACAAAUGGUUGACUAUACAAUUUUGAACUCAAUGUUUUGAUCAAUUUUAUUGAACGUUUGGUGACUUCUUUUGAAAUGCGCAUACAGAAUAGUUCUGUAGAUGUUGCCUUCUAAACGACCACGUAUAGAGAUGGGAGAAGACUCAUCGUCAUGGGAAGCAGUCAUGAUGAAUGAUCUUGAAACCAUGAAAGCUGAAGUUGAACCAAUAGAAGUUCGUAAAUCGUCAUCCACUAAAAUUGAAACAGUAACUUACCGGCCAACAUAUCGUGCUGUACUAGCAAAGAAGGGAUUGCUUGUGAAACAGACACUCGGCAGCGGUAGCUAUUCUAAGGUAAAAUUUGCCUACUGCCUUGAAAACUAUGACUAUCCCAAAGCUGCUGUUAAGAUAAUUGACCGGAACAAAGCUCCAAGAGAUUUUCAGACAAGAUUUUUACCACGUGAAUUAGCUAUAUGGCCAAGAAUGGAUCAUGCAAAUAUUGCGCGAAUGCACGAGAUGUUUGAAGACAAUUUCCGCGUCUAUAUGAUCCUGGAAUUUGCCGAGAAUGGAGACGUUUUACGUUAUAUUCAAAGAUCUGGUGCAAUCAAAGAACAUUUAGCGAGAACAUGGAUCCGACAAGUUGGAGAUGCCGUUCGUUACCUACAUGAUCAAGACAUCACUCACAGGGACCUGAAACUUGAAAACUUAUUGCUUGACAAUUGUUUCAACAUUAAAAUUUGUGAUUUUGGUUUUGUGAAGAGCAAUUCCAUGAAAGAACUUAGCAAGACAUAUUGCGGCUCUAAAUCGUACGCUUCUCCAGAAAUACUGCGGGGUGAACCCUACGAUCCUAAGAAGGCCGACAUAUGGGCAAUGGGUGUUAUACUUUACAUUUUCAUCACGGGAAAGAUGCCUUAUGAUGAAAGUAAAGGAAAUCAUGGAGUUCUCGAGGAACAGAAAAAGCUUAACUUCCCGUGGCACAAGUUCAAAUACGUGACGCCAGAAAUUAAGAGUUUAAUUUUGUGGCUCUUUCAAAAUCAGUACAAGGAGCGGCCAGGCAUCCAUGCAGUGUUUGAAAAUGAUUGGAUGAACAAAGAUCUAACUGACCAAUCAGAAAAGGCAGAAGGAGAAAUCAAGAAAGUUGUCUCAUUCCAGAACAAUGACAAACCGGAGAUACAGAAAGAAUUUGCUGCAGCACUUCAUAAAGUGAAAUCAAAAUGAAAUUAUGGAAUUGUACCAACCAAAAAAUUUUGAACAAUUUUUGCAUUCUAUUUUUAUAUCAGCUAUUUAUUUUCUAGGGUAUUUUAAUCUACUUUUGUAAACUUUUAUUUCUCUAUUUUUUUAGUCUUUAUAUAAUUAAAUUUUGUCUUUUAA